AUAUGGCUGUACCUCUGUCUCUUAACUAAACAACACCACUAACACACUACUGUACACCUCUCAGCUGACAACUCUGUUGUUACAAGGAUGCAGGCAGAGGAAUACAAUCGCAGAGGUAAAGAGAUGGUGGAUUACAUCACUAGGUACCUGACCACCAUCAGAGAGAGGAAGGUGACGCCAGGCCCAGAGGUGAAGCCUGGCUAUAUGAGAGAGCUGCUGCCAGACAGCGCCCCCACUGACCCGGAGGACUGGGACUGUAUCUUCGGGGACAUAGAGAAGGUCAUCAUGCCUGGGGUGGUCCACUGGCAGAGCCCCUACAUGCAUGCGUACUAUCCAGCCCUGACCUCCUGGCCCUCCAUGUUAGGAGACAUGUUGGCUGACGCCAUCAACAACAUCGGAUUCACCUGGGCCUCCAGCCCGGCGUGUACAGAGCUGGAGAUGAACGUGAUGGACUGGUUGUGUAAAGCUCUUGGUCUCCCCACCUUCUUCCUCCAUCACCACCCAGAAAGCACCGGGGGAGGAAUACUGCAGAGCACAGUGAGUGAGAGUAGUCUGGUAGCUCUGUUAGCUGCCAGGAAGGCCAGGAUCCAACAGCUGAAGAGGACAGAUCCAGCAGACAGAGACCUGGACGACUCAGUGGUCAACUCCAGACUGGUGGCCUACGCAUCAGACCAGGCUCACUCCUCAGUGGAGAAGGCAGGUCUGAUCUCCCUGGUGAAGAUCAGGUUCCUCCCUCCAGACGACCACUUCUCCCUGAGAGGAGACACUCUGAAACAGGCCAUUCAGGAGGACAGGAGGAGAGGACUGGUACCUGUCAUGCUGUGUGCCACUCUGGGGACCACGGGGGUGUGUGCCUUCGACGACCUGUCAGAGCUGGGACCAGUGUGUGCAGAGGAAGGUCUGUGGCUGCAUGUGGAUGCAGCGUACGCAGGCUCAGCGUUUCUCUGUCCUGAGCUGAGAGGACCUCUGGGGGGUAUAGAGUACGCUGACUCCUUCACGUUCAACCCCUCCAAAUGGAUGAUGGUCCACUUCGACUGCACUGCCUUCUGGGUGAAGGACAAGGUCAAGCUCCAACAAACCUUCAGUGUCGACCCUGUCUACCUCAGACACGAAAACUCAGACCAAGCCACCGACUUCAUGGGUGUAGAGAUGGCUAAGCUACUGGAGUCCCUGGUUAGAUGUGACCCUAACUUUGAUAUGCCUGCUGAUAGACACCUUGGCUUGGUGGUGUUCUGUCUCAAGGAAGGGAAUGCUCUGACUCAGGAGUUGCUGCGGCGACUGACGCGGUCCCGUACCAUGUACCUUGUCCCCGCCGACAUCGAUGGGAAACGCAUCAUCCGCUUCACCGUGACGUCACAGCUGACCACCUCAGAGGACAUCAUCAGGGACUGGGACAUCAUUCGCAAAAUGGCCGCCGACCUUCUAGCCGAGGCGGCCGAAAAACAGGCGGUCAGUAAAAUGGAGGAGCAGCAGUCUCCAGUCAGAAAAACUGUUGAGAAGCUGUCAGAGACAAACAGUGAUUCGGGGAAUCACACAACAACAGCAGCAGAGGGCUUGGCUGCCUCUCUCAUGACUAGGAAACCAAAGGAGAUUGAAAAGGCCAUCAGUGACACAGAGGACGAACCGCUGAAAACACCCAAAGAGUUGGAGACCGGCCAGACACAGACCAGCCCCAAUACAGGAUCUAAAGAGCUAGAGGUCGGCCCGACACAGACGAGCCCCAAGACAGGAUCUAAAGAGCUAGAGGCCGACCCGACACAGGCCAGUCCCGAGACAGGAUCCAAAGAGCUAGAGGCCGACCCGACACAGACCAGCCCCAAGACAGGACCCAGAGAGCUUGGGACCAGCCUGGCCCAGACCAGCCCCAAGACAGGACCCAGAGAGCUUGGGACCAGCCUGGCCCAGACCAGCCCCAAGACAGGACCCAGAGAGCUUGGGACCAGCCUGGCCCAGACCAGCCCCAAGACAGGACCCAGAGAGCUUGGGACCAGCCUGGCCCAGACCAGCCCCAAGACAGGACCCAGAGAGCUUGGGACCAGCCUGGCCCAGACCAGCCCCAAGACAGGACCCAGAGAGCUUGGGACCAGCCUGGCCCAGACCAGCCCCAAGACAGGACCCAGAGAGCUUGGGACCAGCCUGGCCCAGACCAGCCCCAAGACAGGACCCAGAGAGCUUGGGACCAGCCUGGCCCAGACCAGCCCCAAGACAGGACCCAGAGAGCUUGGGACCAGCCUGGCCCAGACCAGCCCCAAGACAGGACCCAGAGAGCUUGGGACCAGCCUGGCCCAGACCAGCCCCAAGACAGGACCCAGAGAGCUUGGGACCAGCCUGGCCCAGACCAGCCAGGAUCCAGAGAAAGGAGCCAGAGACGGCCCUGAGGAGGUCCCCUGUACUGCUGCCUUCAGAGUUCAGAGGGUCCAACCACAGCUCCGCUUGGACAGUGAUAAGACUGGAUUUAGACCACAACCACCAUUCUGGAUGGAUAAAGAAAAGUCUGGGUCUGAGAACAGGCCGAGGAGGACAGUACGCUCUCUGAGCUGCAGCAGUGAGCCCUUACCUGGCCCCAUUGGGCCCCUGUUUGGUCAUAACACUGACCCUCUUUCUAAGCCUCUCUCUAGCUCUGUCACGGACUCGCAGCCUGGACAUAAAGACCCAGACCUCAUCCACCCCCUAAAUGACACCCAGCUCAGACGUCUCUCUUCCAGCCCAAGCCCUUCAGGCCUCUUUCAGAUCCCAGAGUGGCCUUCUCCAACCAAUUCCAACCAGCUGGGAAAACGGGUCCUGAGGAAGCUCACCAAGUUCUACAGCUUGCCCAGUUUCUGCCACCUGUGGGUGCAGUGUGGGCACUACCAGGUGUGCUGCCCUGUCAGGGGACUUCAAAUCGCUCCAAAGCUCAGAUCUCCCCAAAACCCUGGUCCUCCUCUGGGUGUAGGAGACUCCGCUGUUGGUCUUGUUCCCCUGUGACUCCAGUAGAUAACCGCUAACUUCCCUGCUCUACUGUAGCCAAGGUUAGCUCCUGGGUCGUAUUCAUUAGGCACAACGUAGCAAAAUGUUUUGCAAUGGAAAAUGAAUGUUUCUUAUUGUACAAGACCACCUUGGUCCAAUCCAUUUUCUUCCAUUUGGUGCCUGAUGCAUACGACCCUGUAGUCUCCCUACCAAAUGUUUCCCACAAACACCUUGGUGGUUUCAGGGUGUAGAGAUGGCAGAGCUCUGAGGUCUUUCAUUUAUUUUAGAUUUUAAAAAAAAUCAGAUAUCAUUUUUUAAAGUGACACAGCCAUACAUCUCAGAUAGAUAUACAAUGUGUUUUUUGUAUUUAUUACAAAAUCAAUCUAUAUUUAUUCAUUUAUAAAUGUUCCAUACAGUUUUCAAUUUUCACAUUGUUUUUCUAUAGUCAUAAAAUGUACAUCAGAUGAAUAAUUUGACAGUUAAUUUUAAAAUAAGAGAUUAACAGUUAGAAAAUAUGUAAAUAAAAAAUCAAUCAUAAGUGUAUCUUUCCAUCAGAAAUAGAGUGGUACAUCUCCUGUGUCAUUGGGAUGUAUCCCUUACUGUCCUCCAGGUAGUAUAAUCGAUCCUGCAUCAUGGAUGGGUUGAAUCCCUCUUCGGCUAGCUUCACCUUCAUAUGCUUGAACGUUCCAGUCACAGCCAGGGAAUUCUGGGAUAUUUAAAAAAUAAAUUAAAUGACAUUAAAAUAUAUAUGUUUAAUGAAUAUUAAGCGUUUUGAGAAAAUCUUUAACAUAGGUACAACUUGGGAUCAGGGAAUCUCUUCAACAUGUCCCAGACGGUGGCUUUGAGUGCAAAUAAAAGGUGUCAUGACGAUGAUUGUAAUUAGGACAUUAUUUCCACGGGAUCACCUGUAUGCGUAUGAAACGCGGUCGAGCGUAGCUGGGCAGGGAGGUCUUCACGUGCUCCAGCGUGGCUUUACUGUCAAACUCCAUGUCAUCUUUCAGUUUGAUCGCUGCCAUUCCAACCCUCCCCUCGUGUCCUGUGGGGUACGUCACCAAGCACGAUCACCAAGAGAGACAGCUGACUUUGAUACAUGUUCAGAAAUUACUAUCGGUUUUGAAUUCUCCCCCUUUAAUGUCCUGGUCAUUCACACUGACAUGAGAAGAACACACUGAGAUGACAACGACACAAUGAUGUGACUGUGAGUGUUAUAGGUGUGUAGGUGUGUAUUGUUAUAUGUAGCUAUAUAUACUAUGUCAACUGUGCAUAGUUGAUAUAAAACAUUCUAUAAAAAAUAAAAUGUU